AUUUGAAUAGUUAUAGUUUUUUUCUACCAACUACUCAUAAUUUCGUACGAAAUUUAGUACAAACAUUUCUUUACAUGUCAGACGUAAACACAUCGGGAAUUAAAUUCAGUAACGAAUUUUGGUACCAAAUUAUGAACAAAAUUUUGUAUCGUGACAGACAGCCUUUAGUCGCAAAAAUGGUGCUUGUUAAACAGAAGACAGACCCGGAUAAAUAGUCAUAGAAGAUAGUUUGAUUCAACUAUUUUCACCAAUGAAAAAUUUAAGACCCAAAGUGCCGCUGCACUCGUUGUAUCUUCAAAUCGACAACGCAUUUGGCGCAUCGUGCUCAGAUUUUUACUCAUACAACACAAGGAAUUGCAAUAAACUGGUACUUCCAACAAAUAGAUUGGCUAGAACCAACAGUGAAGAAAUCAAAAUAUACAAUGGACUGCCAGAUGAGUUGAGAUCCCUUCAGCUGAGCAGAUUUAAAUGUAAAUUGAAACCUGUAUUAACUAGGGCCUGUAUUUACAGUUUUGAGGAAUAUUAUGCUUUGGCAAGGGACAGGCAGGCCUUCCUGACUAAAUUGAAUGCAUAA